GGCCAUAUUUCUUAUAUCUUGAUGUUUUUGCAGCAUGAAUUCUGACUUUGUUAAUACUUUAGUCCUAAAUGUUGAAAAUUUAGAGAAAUUAGACCAACAUUUUAGAAGCACCAGUUACUGCUGUGGCUUUUUACCAACAGAAGUUGAUAGCUCCUUGUUUUCUAAACUGAAAGGAUCUCGCAUUAAGCUUGACACCCUCCCAAACCUACAUAGGUGGUGGAAUCACAUUUAUAAUCUGUCACAGAAUAAAUCCACACAAUUUCCAAAGUUAUCAACUAUAAGUUCAUCUGCAAACAAAAUGGAAGAAUCAAACAAAGAUAACUCCCCACAGAAGAAGAAAGUAGAAAAGAAAGCAAAGCAACAGAAAGGUAACAAAGGUUCUGGUGAUGGUUCAGGUGGUGGUAUCAAAGAAAUGAAUCCAUGGCCUUCUUACAUUACCGAGAGACUUGAGCUGUAUGAUCAAUUAAAAGAGGAAGCAGCUGCAACACUUAAAGAAAAACAAGAAAACUGUUCAGUGCCUAUUCAAGUUACAUUACCUGAUGGUAAAGUAGUGGAAGGACAAUCCUGGCACACAACUCCAUACUCGGUGGCACAAGGAAUCAGUCAAGGACUUGCUGACAACUGCAUAGUAGCGAAGGUAAAUGACGUGGUGUGGGAUCUUGACAGACCGUUGGAAACGGACGCUAAGUUACAACUGCUUAAAUUUGAUGAUGAAGAAGCACAGACGGUAUACUGGCAUUCCACUGCCCAUAUUUUGGGUGAGGCCAUGGAACGUACUUAUGGUGGUUGUUUGUGUUAUGGACCACCCAUAGAACAAGGAUUCUAUUAUGACAUGUUUAUGGAUGGGAGACAAGUAUCAGACAAGAACGACUUCCCAGCGGUUGAAAAUGUAAUGAAGUCAAUAUUGAAGGAGAAACAACCAUUUGAACGACUGGAAGUUACCAAGGAAAACCUCCUGAAAAUGUUCGCAUACAAUCCAUUCAAGCUACGAAUUCUAAAUGAGAAAGUGACGACUCCCACCACAACAGUGUACAGAUGUGGUCCUUUAAUUGAUCUUUGUCGUGGCCCACAUGUUCGACACACAGGAAAAAUUAAAGCGUUUCAACUCUACAAGAAUUCUGCCACCUACUGGGAGGGCAAAGCAGACAUGGAAUCGUUGCAAAGAAUUUACGGAAUAAGUUUUCCAGAUAAAAAGGAAAUGAAACAGUGGCAGAAGUUCCAGGAAGAAGCAAAACAGCGAGAUCACAGAAAAAUUGGAAAAGAGCAAGAAUUGUUUUUCUUCCAUGAAUUAAGUCCUGGAAGUUGUUUCUUCUUCCCAAGAGGAGCGUUUAUCUACAACACGCUCAUCAGUUUCAUCAAGGAGGAGUAUAGAAAACGUGGCUUUGAAGAGGUUGUGUCACCAAAUAUUUACAACUCCAAACUAUGGAUGACAUCAGGUCACUGGCAACAUUAUGACCAGAACAUGUUUUCUUUCAGUGUGGAGAAAGAAACUUUUGCUCUUAAACCAAUGAACUGUCCAGGCCACUGUCUGAUGUUUUCUCAUCGUUCUCGCUCAUGGAGAGAAUUGCCGAUACGGUUCGCCGAUUUUGGAGUUUUGCAUCGAAACGAGUUAUCCGGAGCAUUAACUGGUUUAACGAGAGUAAGAAGGUUCCAACAAGAUGAUGCUCAUAUCUUCUGUAGACCUGAACAGAUCAAAGAUGAAAUGCGAGGAGCCUUGAAUUUCCUGAAAGCAGUUUACGACACAUUCGGAUUCAGUUUCAAAUUGUUUUUAUCUACAAGACCUGAGAAGUUUUUGGGAGAUCCUGGCAUGUGGGAUGACGCUGAAAAACAACUUGAAGAGUGUUUGGUUGAAUUUGAUCAUCCAUGGAAACUAAACCCUGGUGAUGGAGCUUUCUAUGGUCCCAAGAUUGAUAUCCAGAUCAUGGAUGCCCUUAGAAGACCCCACCAGUGUGCCACCAUACAACUUGACUUCCAACUUCCAAUAAGAUUUAACCUCAACUAUGUAACUGGUGAAGGAGAUGAGAAAAAGAGACCGGUAAUCAUACACAGAGCAAUCCUUGGUUCUGUGGAAAGGAUGAUUGCAAUCUUAACGGAAAAUUACGGUGGAAAAUGGCCACUCUGGCUCUCACCAAGACAAGUUAUGAUUCUUGCUGUGUCAUCAAAAUACGACGAAUAUGCUGAGUCGGUCCGACUUCGAAUGCAUGAAGCUGGAAUUCAGGUUGAUCUUGAAAAAGAUCCCGGCCUUACACUGAAUAAGAAGAUACGCACAGCUCAAUUAGAGCAAUACAACUUUAUUCUGGUGGUUGGGGAAAAAGAGGAGACAAAUGGAACAGUGAAUAUUCGCACCAGAGAUAAUAAGGUCCAUGGUGAAUUGACAGUUCAAGCUGUAAUUGAUCGGUUGUUACAUUUGGUCAAAAUACGACACCAAAACGCUGAGGAUCAAUUUACUGAAGAAGAAACAACCAAUGAACCACAGAAAGCAUGAUAAAAUAACCUUUAGCUUAAAAUCCUAAAUCAUUAAAUGUUAACCAUAGCACACUAGUUUAUUACUUCAUCACUUGUAUUGUUUGAAAAUAUGGGUGGUACUGAAAAGGGUGAAAUUUAAUUUAAAGACACAUGUAAAUAAUAGUGACAUUAGUGAGUUUAUUUUAAAAGGGUACAUACAUAUAUAUAUGUAAGAUUAGUUGGUGUCAUCGCGCUAAAUAAAUGCAGUUCACAAAUAAACCUAUCCGGCAAUUUGAA